CGUAUGUCAAUACAAAGCCCCGGAUGUCUUGUGCAGUCAUUGUGAUUAAUUAAUUAUGUGCACGAGCGAGCAAAUCCAAUUGUACAAGCAGCAGGGAUUUCUGCUGCUCGAUUCCGUUUUCUCGGAUGAAGAGAUGGACGAGUGCUGUCGCGAGUACGACGCGAUGUUCGAACGAGCAACGAAACGCGGAGACAGACUGGAAGCAACGUGGAAGGGAAACUGGAAGACCGACGAGGAACGAAAGAAACCGUCGAGCAUCCUGAGCAUACACAAUCUGCAAUUCCACAGCGCCACAUUCACUCGGAUGUUGGUCAAGCCAAAACUCAAUGACAUCCUUGCUGACCUAAUGGAAACGGACAACAUCCAAUUGCACCAUACAAAGGCACACAUCAAACCUCCUAAGCAAGGCAGUCGAUUCCCAAUGCAUCAAGACUACCAAUAUUUCCCUCAUGCCAAACACACCAUGAUUGCAGUCUUUAUUCACCUAGAAGAUGUCAAUAUUGAAAAUGGCUGUCUGGCAGUAUAUCCAGGGUCUCAUAAACUUGGACCUCUACCAGACCACGGAUCUGAGGGCUAUCACUUUGUUGAUCCUGAAAAAUUUGCUAUAGACAACGCUACUCCAAUAGAAGCAAAAAGAGGCCAAGUUGUUGUCUUCCCAUACACAUUAGUACAUGGCAGCUAUCCUAAUGUCAGUGACAUUCCAAGACGGAUGAUUCUGUUUCAGCUUAGAGCUGCAGAUGACUACUCAACAAAAGAGAUUCACAUUAGUCCUGGACAAGGGUUGAUGCUGAGGGGUGCUAAUGAUGGUAUGGAGGCAAAUCUUGAUCUCCGUCACCUCCAUGGUGAUGAAGCUGUCGCUUCUGCUAAAGCAGCCUCCGAAUUCAAUGAACCACCAGAGAAAAUAUUCAAAGACAAAUAA